AUGGGGAGGGGGCAGAGGGUUCCUUCCGUUCAACUCAAGAACAACAUCACGGAGACGAGGGAGAGAAGAGCUGAAGGGGGGAAGAACGCAAGGCUCAGCAACACUGCUAUCAAGGUAGCAAGCUCUCCCCCGAACAAGACUGCGAACCUCCAUGAUGGAAAGCCCAGGAUCGCUGACUUGCAUCGGACAGCAGCCUCCAAACCUGAGCCGGAGAGGAUCCUACGACCAGUGAAGCUUCCAGUGCAGUCGGAACACCCAGCAAGGGACUCUCAGCCAGCUCGGCUAAGUCUGGAUGAGUUCAUUCAUGCCAAGAGGUGCCUUGCUCAUCCGAGCAUCGAGGAGUCUUUGCGUCCUUACCGCUCUGCUUCGUGUGCUGGGCGAGUGACACAGUCAGUGUGA